AUGACUACGGUCCUACCGAUAUCCAGUUCGUGUCAUACACUCCAGUUGCCCCCCAUGGAGGGCGAUGACCGCCUUAACUUGAACGUACGAACCGGAUCGGCAUCCACUCUCUACAACUCGCUUGUGUUUACGUUUGGUGGCCUCACAAUUGGCUUGGACAUCCCGUCGCUCUCAGUGCCCGAGAUCCUCACCAUUUUCAAUGCCAGGCUCAUUAACCAGAAACUGAAGAACUUGCUCAAAUACAUAUCGGGCGAGCUCUUCUACCUCAGCUUGAUCGACAGGUGCUGGUCGCGUGUCGUGCUUGCUGACGGUUGUCCUCGGCCCAACCCCCGGCUUUUCCACGAGAUCUUGGCCUAUAACAACCAUCUCUACUUAUUUGGUGGGUUGGUCAUCAACCCCAAGUAUAAUCUCCAGGAAUCGGCCCAGGUGGACUCCAUCCCCCACGACCUCUUGGUUCCUAGUAACGACUUGUGGGAAUUCAACUUGGAACUAAAUACCUGGAAGUUACUCUAUUCUCCAGAAACUUGCAACCACCCAUUCGUGCCAACUCCCCGGUUCUGCCACAAAAUGACCACCUUGACGUCGCUAUCGUUCAUGGGUAAGCCCGACCACUUUGGGGUUUUCAUUGCUGGUGGUAAAGAUAUCAACUCCAACUUGUUGUACGAUAACGUUGUGUUUGACCUCGUUGAUGGCAAGUUUUUCGAUCACGAGAUUGAGUUGCAUUUCUCCAAUACCCACGGGGACUUCUCGGGAGUUCGAGAGUCGGGAGCUUUGAACGUUGACUACUACAAUUCGAUCAUCGUCAACAUCAACAAUCAGUUUAAUCACUAUUAUAAUGAAAACGCAGACCAUCUUCAUCCCCCCAAAAAGUCCAAUCCUAGUGAUACCAACAGCCACCACGACAACCCCGAUGAGGGAGAACUCAAAGACAAGCCCACUACGAUAUCCGAAUUGCGCAAAAAGUCCGGAGAAUCAAUCGUGGUAUACUCUCCUGUUAACGAUUCCACAAAACUGAAAAACCCGUUGCUAUCAUUUAAAGUAGGAAAGACUAUCAAAGACGGUAAGGUAUUGCCUGUGCACAGAAAGGUUCAGCAGCAAGAAGAACCGUCCACAAAAGUUGUGCCCCAUAAUCUUCGGUAUCCUACUGGGGGUCUUUUUGGUCAGAACCUCAUCAUUACCGGAUUUCUUCCCAAUGACUAUGACAUCUCGAUCUUUAUUUUCAACAAACCAACCGGAAAAUGGUCCAGGUUGAAUAUUUUUUGUAAUCACGACUAUGGAUCGCAUAGAUUCUGGGGUGGUUAUGCCUGGCAAAGUCAUCAUAAGGUGGUAUUGAUUGGAAACUAUGUCACUUCAAGGACUACUUCUUCCGUCAGAUACUUCAGUUGUAUGAUCACUGUUAGCUUACCUAUCACCAAUAUCUUGGCCAGUUCUGAGUUGGCUGGUGGGGGUCACUAUCAUGAUGCUCAGGGUAACAGAGUAUUCUUUGAUGACAUCAACAAAUCUACAACCGAUGACACUGACUCCAGUAACAAUCCCUCAUCCUCAGAUACAGAAAAUGAGAGAGAUGAGGGUAGAGACAGUUUGUUGAAGUCUAUUGACAGGCCUUUAACCCCACCAACUGACUCCAGAAGACCCUCGUAUGCCUCAAGAGGCUCUAGAGGCUCUGUUUCAACCACUAAAUCUCCAAGAGCCAUUAGUUUUAGUGAAUAUGUUCACUAUGCGGCGCCAACUACAAACUUUACCACUAUUAGGUCGGUAUUUCCUCCUGCUGCCAUCACUUUGGGCAGAAACUUCUUGGAUAGGUAUGGGGACUUGGUGGCCGACUUUGAGUUGAUCUCUGUUAGCGGAGACAGGAUUCCAGUUUCGUUGAUGGUUUUGAUCCAAAGAUGGGGUAACUACUUCAUCGACUUGUUGGCUAAAGGGUACGUCUCAGCUGUAGAAAAAUUUGACCAGAGCCAGAAAUUGACUUCUGUGGACCUGAGGUUAUUGACUAAAGGAAGCUCAGGUGUGGGUAACAGUCUCAAAUCUGAUCCGGGUUUUAAGUCUUCCUUUGUUUCCAACGCCUCAUCUUUUUCAUCCGAAAAUAACCAUUCCAUAGCCAGCACCCCUUUAUUAUCCCAAUCCAACUUGACCGCCGCAUACAAUGAUUCAGAAGAUCCCAAAUCCGAAAAAUACCAUUUGUCGAUGCCAUUAAAUCUGAAGAAAUCACAAAAAGAUGCUCCUCUCUUCAGAUUACCGUUUCAAGAUUCGGCUUCAACGUCGUCUUUGGACAGAUCUUCCGAACAAUCAUUAAGAUUGCCUCAAGAGAAAAUCAUUGAUCCAUUGAUCCUGCCUCCUGGCUCUACACCAAUGCAAACAGGUGCUUCGGGUGGUAAUCGCAAGGAUUCGGUGAGCUCUUUCUCAAGUGGAGGCUCAUUGAUGAAUUCGCAUUUGCAGGAUAUUCCUCCUCAGUUGCCUUUACCAACAGAACCAAUUCCAUCCGUACCCUCAAAUCCUUCUUCAUUCAAAAGCUCCUCUAGAAAGAAUUCGACGGAUUUGGCAUCUCCCAGAGGUUCAUUGAUUCACACCUUAACAGCUUUAAGAAGUAUUCCCAUCUCCAAGUCUCCAAGAGGAUCACCUUUUAAUUCUCCUAGAGCCUCUGUUUCUCAGCAGGGACAUGGAAAUUUUGUUGGAAUGGGGAUUAUUGAUGCUGACUUGAACAGUUCUCCUAUCCCAGGCUUAAAGCUUACUACAAUGUCUGCCAGUGCAAGUGGUAGUUCUCGCAGCAGUGGUUCUCCUACUCCUGAUGAACCUAAAAGCAGACAGUUACCUGGAACUGAAACCGUCUCUAGUGAAGGAGAUGCUGACACAAGUAACAAAAGGAAACUGAAUUGUACGGAUGAUAAUAGUGUGGACCCAUCACUCAAUGAACAGAAUGAUAAUGAUAAGGGCUUUGAUCCAUUUGAUAAUGUAUUAUUGAACUUUGAAAAUUUGGAAAAUGGGACCUUCCAAAUGGAGAGUUCUUUGAUUCCAAGGAAAUUGUAUAUCCCUUUUGCCACUGCUUCAGUAAAAGCCUUCUGUGAAUAUUUAUACACUGGACAAAUUGGAAACAAAUGGCUUUUGACCCCCACGACGUUGGACAACUUGGCCUUGACCAAGCACUAUAAAGUUAAUUUGUUGUAUGAUUUGAUCUGUGAGGUGUUGUACGGUAUAAUUGGAAGAAGAGAGAGUUGGAUUGUGAAGCAAUCCAGAAGUUUGAAGGAGAAAUACUUCAAGUUGCUCCAAGAAACUGGAACUUCGCAUGACCCAGACUUUGAAUUUCCUCUCGAUGAAUAUGAAGGGUUCAUGGAUACUGUUGAUGAUGGAUACUUGGAUAUGGUGUUGUUGAAGAAAACAUUGAAGAUCCACUCGACAAGUAUUUAUUCAAAGAGAGAUCUGACGUCCAGAAAGUCUUCUAAAUCUUCCAGAAGAUCAUCCAAGCUCUCAUCUACAUUUGACUUCAACGAAGUGAAUGACAAAGAAAUGGAAGCAGAGCCAGACACAGCUCCUUACCCUGAGCAAGAAGGAGUAGAAGCUAAAGACAAGGAGAAAGAAACAGAUUCCUCAGUGGAUUUGAGCUCAACCAGUGAUGCUAGCGACACCGACUUUGGUACCGGGUUCUUGGACAUCCAGCACGAUCUUCCCAACAUCGGACCCAGAUCAAAAUCUGUGUUUGACCGUGGAGAUAUCGAUACCAAGAAGAAGCCGGAAACUGCAACUACAAAAGAGGUAGAAAUUGACGAACAGAUGCAGAAAGAAAUUGAUUUGACUUUAACUCUCGAACAACUAGUGUCCCCAGUAUCACCAGUUCCAAGCCCCUACAUUAUUGACUUGAUUUUUGAAACGGUAACGUUUGUAGCCGAUUUGAAGUUGAUGCUUAGAGUCAAUAACGUUAAACAAAUGGGGAAAUUGUUGACCACAUUUGAAAAGGAUGUGGAAGAACAAAUGGCUCGGAUCCAAGACCGAUACGAGGAAAGACAAGAGGCGUUCAGAACCAGAGAUCGCCGUAGUGGAUCAGUUGCCAUGAUCCAACGCCUUCCUCUUCCCAGAACAAGCAGCUAUGACAGUGAACAAGUGAGAUUGCAUCCAGUGGGAUCUGCUUCUUCGUUGAACACCAUGGGCAGCAGAGCCACCAGCGUGAGCUUGAGCCGAGUUCCUACCGUCAACGACAACGAAUCGGCAAUAGCCUCGGGGCCCGUCAGUGAGGGCGGCGGUGGUAGUGGCCUCACAUCGGGACUUCACACACCCACCGGUUCGACAUCCAAUCUUGCUUCGUUGCCACUUGAAAGAGCCCGUACCAGCACCAGUCUUCGACCCGGAGCCUUUGGUGGGCUAACACCAUUUAAGCCCAUCAAAACGGAUCCUAAGUUGAACCGAGCCGAAACCAACCGACAGCUUGACAAGCGGAUCACCAAGUUGAUCAAAAAAGAUGAGAAGUUGAAACAUCGGGCAGAGAAAGAAGAGAAGACCAGACAUUCUCAGAUGUUGAGGGCCGAAAAGAAGGCUGAUAAAGACACCGAUCGGCGGAAAACUGUCUCGAGAGCUCCGUCCAAAACGUUCGAUGAAGGCGUUAGUGAUUUCGAUUCUGCCAGCGUAGUGUCUUCGUCGUCGAAGAAGCAUCGCCAUGGAAUCUUGCACCAUCUCGGAGAUCGCAUCAAAUCUCGCACCAACGAAGAGUCUGCCGAAUUCAAACGAGUUGUCAGUUCAGAUGUCAACAGCAUCCAUAGUGUGGGCUCUGACAAGAAGAAGCAUUCACUCUUUGGCCUUAAAAAGUAG